AUCAACUCUUUGUCAAGUCUAAAUCCCUCUAAAUACACAUUAAUGAAUAUGAAAAUGUGUCUGAUUGAUUACACUUAGAUUUAUGAUGAAAGCGAUGGACAUGCUGUUAAUUUCAAGGACAUUAUAUAGAUUAACUGUUAGGCUAACUGUUACUAAAUGCAGAGCAUAACGAAAAACGGUGAUUUGCGUUAAUUACUACCAGUAAUUAUUCUUUCACUCCACUAUUAAAAAGGUAACGACACUAAGUAACAUUACAGUUACAUUUCCAACACACAAUUUUUAGGGUUUAUUCUCGCCGGCGCUAACAAUGGCAGACCCUUCUUCUCCGCCGACGGACCAACUCGCCGCCGCCACCAUCACCGACGAGGUUCCCAAGUCGAAGAGAGAUCCUCGAAAAGCAAAACAAAUUAUGAAUCUGCAGCGUCGUGUCUCUCUUUUUCUCACUCGUUUAAAGAAAUUGAUCAAGACUCGUGAGAAGGAACGAUUGGCAGAGUUGACACAAGGUAUAAGAAAGGCUGCUGCUUCAUCGUAUGCAUUGUGGGUACAAGAUGCUGAAGAAGAGGACGAUCCUAAUUACACUGAAAGCAAAAAAGAAUUUUUGAGGCAAAUCCGUGAGGGUGAGAUGACCGAAGAAAUCUUUAUUCAACGAGGAUUAAAAGAUGCUCUGGAAGGGAAAAUGGUGAUAGAGGGUGACUUUGAAGAGGAUGAUAAGUGGCCGCCAAGUCCAUCUGAAUCUCCAUAA